CAUGUUAUAUGGGUGGGGCAUCGAUGGGAGAAAGAUCAACGGCAUCUGAACCAUGUGGAAAUCAUCACAUCCGUUCCAACACAGUCAGACACCUCAAAACAACUGCACAGACAAUCCACCAAAAAAACAAACAAGUCACAAAUUACACAUCAAAUUCAGCCCUAAUCAGUCCACCUUCAACUGAGGAUCAACCUCAAUUCGCGCCACCCCUUCCCCUGCCGCCUUCGCCACUUCCACCUCCCCCACCACCAGCUCAGCCGCCGCCGCCGCCUCCUCCUUCCCCUCCUCCUCCUCCUCCUCCACUUCGGAUCCCCCUUGUCCAGCGCCGGCUCGGCCCCCAGCUCGGCCUCGUACUCCUCGGCCGGCCCCUCCCACGUGUACUUCCCGCCGUGCCCCUUCUUGGGGUCGUGCUUGAGCGGGAGGCCGUCGGCCGGGUGGCGGUCCAGCCGCCCCACCCCCUUGUCGGCGAGCUUCUUCUCCACGUACUUGACCGUGUCCGCGUCGCGAGUCUUCAGCUCCACCUUCUCCAGGUGCUUUCGGCCCUCAUCGGCCCGACACUCGGCCCGAAUCGUCGCCUUUUCGUUCUUCUUGUCCACCACUGCCUUCAUUUUGCCGUGCUGGAAAUGUGUGGGCAAAUCGAGUCCUUAUCCGAUUUGCUGGAAAGUUCUUCGUCCCAGAAGUUCCUCACCAGUCAUGACUAUUGUCAGCUUCUC